AUGUCACGAAUAUGCGUACAACGGGCAAUCAUCGGUCAGUUCCGUUCCCUCCACUACACUGCAACGCGCCUUUCGACAUUUGUGUCCUCGACAACUCCCUAUUCCGACAAAUACUAUAAGCCAAUUAUUACUGAAGGAGCAGCUGGAUUCGACAAACUAGUGAUACCCAAGGAUUUCCGUGCUGACAAUCAAUGCCUCACAACGGAAACACAGGAGCAAUUGGUGGAUCUAGUUAAUACCUUUGAUUCGAAAAUUUCCGCAGCAGUGGGGUAUGGUUCAGGGAUACUUCCCCAAAAUGGGUAUGAUAAACCAGAUAAAGAAAAACAACUAGAUUUCAUCUUUCUAGUGAAUGAUACUGCCAAGUUUCACCAUGAAAAUGUCAAACAGAAUCCAUCUCAUUAUUCAACAAAGUCACUAACAGUGAUCAACUUUUUGCAAGGAAGUGGAAUCUAUUUCAAUCCUUAUAUUCUUAUCAAAAACAAGUUGACCAAGUACGGUGUGACAACAAGAAGGUCCGCGUUCAUGGACCUUAGCGAAUGGAGCUCGUUGUAUUUUGCAGGAAGGAUGCAAAAACCUGUUAAUUACAUCAAAGAGGACGAUAUGUUGAAAUUCCUCAAUCAGUACAACUUGAAAAAUGCUAUGACCAUUGCAAUAUUCCUUAUACGAUCGAACCUGUUUACCGAAAAACAGUUGUAUGAACAAAUUACAAGCAUAUCAUAUCUUGGAGACUUUCGGAUGUACAUUGGAGGAGAGAAUCCAAACAAGGUAAAGAAUAUUGUAUCAAAGCAGUUUCUGUAUUUCAAAAAAUUGUAUGACCCUAUACUACAAUAUUUUGUUCGCAGAAACUACCUAAUUAUCACCGACGACGAUUCAACUAACCGCACCUUCAAAACCAACCUAACGACGAAUACGAGGAUUAAUUUAAUAUCGAGCCUACCAUUGAAAUUCCGUACUCAGCUCUACAGAAAGUAUCCAGAAUCUUCAGUCAAGGAAAUAGCUAGAGAUGAAAAGCUACCAGAAAACAUAAAGAGCUUGAUAACUUCGACCAUUAUCUAUAGCUCCAUCAUACAAGGUUUGAAGGGUUUCUUCACGGCGGGGUUUGUGAAAUCGUUAAAGUAUUCUCUAGCCAAACGAAGAAAGAGUGUUUGA